CCUUCCCUUGCCUCCCUUGCCCUCCCUCGUCCCCCCAGCCUACAUUGACCCCCCUAUCCCACAUCUCCUACUCUCCCCUCCCCAUAACCUUAAUCACAACGACGACAACAACAUCAGCAUCAUCACAAUCAUCGUCACUUUCCUCGACGCAACCGCGGGUCAACGUACCCGCCCCAGACCCACGCUGCAAUGUCUCUGUCGCAGCGUCGCGAGCAGGAUGCCCUCCUCGCACUCUUCAACAGUUUCAGGCCGUCACGGCGGGUCGUGUCAUUUGAACAGCUCGCAGAUGGAAAAGUCCUCAUGGAAGUAAUGCACCAGAUCGACGGCGCACACUUCAAAGGCCAUGGUCCAAAAGUCCACCACCGCAGCUCUGGCUCUGGCGCCCAGUCGGACAACUGGGUCCUACGAAUGAAUUUACUCAAACGCCUGUACCGCCUUCUUCUGUCGUACCCCAUCAAUUCGCCCACCGCGCCUACCCUCGCCGUCACGUCACUUCCCGAGCCGCCGUUCAACACCAUCGCCCGCAGUCCCAAGUGCCCCGAAGGUUCGGCCGGUCUCUUGCAAAUAUGCCGCGUCUGUGUCGCCGUCGGGUCCAUGGGUCCAGCCAACGAGCGUGUCAUUGCCAAGAUCCAGGCGCUUGACGAGAGCUCGAUGGUGGAGAUCAUGAAGACGAUUGAAGGAGUCAUGGCAACAUUACCCAAAGGCCCCGAGGACGAAACCAGCGACGACAGGUCGGAGAUUGCGCCCAUUUCCUCUGCUCUGCGCGAGGAGCGUGACCGCCUGAUCCAGGAGAACGAGGACCUCCGUGCCAAGUUUGAGGACAUGACCGACCAAGUCAAUCGGUUGACGACUAACCUGGUGCGUGCGGGGAUGGGUCGUGGUUCUGACGGUCAGCACGAGUCUCAGGAUGAGCACACACGGGAGACAAGGAAGCGGUCACUGGAGGACACGAUGCGCAACGCCGCCAGUCCACUCGAGCUGGAGAACCUACGCGCCGACUUGGCAAGAGCAGAGGACGGACUCGCCGAGACAGAGGCGGCGCUCGAGAAGCAAACCGCCCUUGUCGCGGAGCUCACCAGCACUGUCGAGGAACUGCGUAGCGCCACGGUCGAAGUUGCCAAACUGCGCGAUCAGAUCGACGAGUAUCGUCAUGUCGAGGACAGGUUGCACAAGAGCGAGAACGUCAUCGAGAAGUUCAAGAAGAAGCUCGAGGACUCUGCUGGCCUCAGACGCGAACUAAGAGCGCUGGAGGCGGAGAAUGCCGAGCUCAUCGACAAGAACUCGACGCUCGAGGGCGAGAUCCGCAAGCUUGGUGCAUCAAAGGCCCUGGUCGACAACUACAAGGCCCAGGUCGACAUUCUGGAGAAGAAGGCCAACGAGCAGUCGUCAGAGUAUGCCCAGCUCGCCGUCCAGCUCGAGGACGCGCAUACUGCUCUUGCCACCAUGGAGCACGAGCGCGAUCGCCUCAUCGACGAGAUCCAGGUCCACCAGGAACGAAUCAAAGAGCUGGAGCAUGGCCCUCGCCGCGUUGCAUCCAUGAUGAUCGAUGCGGGCAACACGUCAUUGGACGUGGAGCUUGAUGUCGAAGACGAUGAGUCGGCCGGCCUGAGCAAGACUGAGCUGCGCCUGAAAAUCCGGGCUCUCGAGCGUGAGAUCGCUGAGAUCAAGGUCCCUCUGGACAACACGGACAAGAUUACGGCUCUCGAGACCCUGCUCGCUGAUUCCAACAAGGCCCGUGAGAGGUACCAGAACGACUACCUUGAGGCUACCCGCCAGACCCUGCUGGCCCAGGCCAAGCUCGACCACAUCAUGACCGGCCGUGCUGGCAAUGACCAGCAGACAGCGCUCGCCCUCCGGCAGCAGCUCGACGAGGUGCUCGAGGACCGCAACAACCUGGUCAAGGACAAGCAGGCGGCGGAUGUCGCUCACGAGGAGCUUGUCCGGCAGCUCACCGCCGCCAAGGCUGAUCUUGGUCUGGUGGACAAGGACAAGCGCAACAUCAUUGCUUCGGCUCGUGACGAGGCCAACACGGAUAGCGCCAAGUUCAGCGAGCAGGUCGUGGCGCUCAAGGACGAGCUGUCGACACUGAAAGAGCGCGACCGUCUCCACCUCGAGGAGAUCAGACGCCUCAUGAUGGACAAGAUCGAGCUUCAGUCUGCAGGCAACGAGCGGACCCAGGAGGCCCUGGAGCGCGAGCAGCGUCUCAACGACCUCCGCGCGUCGCUCGAGGCGGGUGGUGUCUCGCCCAUGGUGCAGCACGAAGUCCUCGAGCUCCGCCAGAGGAACGACACCCUCACCACCGAGGUUGCCAAGCUCACCGACCGGCUCAAGCAGGCCCGCGCGUUCAUCAAGAACCAGGACGCGCUGUUCCGCGCCGAGCACGAGAAGCGCAUCUCGUCCGACUUUAACGAGGUGCAGAAGAGCUACGAGUCGCAGAUUGCGACACUGAAGAAUGAGCUGUCGAUUGUCAAGCACAAUGCCCUCUCGAUCGAGUCGCUCUACCGCCUCGAGCAACAGCUCAUGCUCUCGGCGUGGCACGACCUUGGCACGCGUGUCGUGCGUGACCACGUAGGAGCUGCCGGACUUCGUCGACCGGUUAUGCCUCGUCCAGUGAUGUCGUCAUGGCUCGCGCGCCAGCGCAAGCACCAGGACGACGCCUUGUUUACCAGGUGACGCCAGGGGCUGACCGCAGGGGCGCGUGUCGCGACCUACUUGCUUCGACGCUGCGGAAGGUGAGACUCUGUGUAUACAGACCCUCGCGCCUUGUGAAUAUAAUGAUUGGCCGCCCCGCUGCCCUCUCUCGGCCCGGCCUGGCCACGACCCUUGUUCGACUGUAAAUAGAGACCUAGACUGGGUGUGUUGUGGAUGUGUGUAUCCCGACCCCCUUGCGACGAUUAGACCUGUCCACCCCACGCUCCUUUGGCCUGCGCCUGUGCUGCGCACUGCACCACUGUUUAAUCCUUACGCACCGACACGGUGUGCCUUGCUUCGCUCCGUCCCGACUAGGACGAUGGUCCGACUCGGCGCACGCUCGCGUCGCACGCACGAUUCUUGAUUGCUACACCCCUCCCACUCGCCACACUCGUUGAACCUCACUGCAGAUUAAUUCUUGUACCAUUUAAUGCAUUUUAUCCAAAUGUCA